AUGUUCUUGCUUUCUAAUGAAUAUAAUGUAGUGAACCUAUAUGCUGUGGAUGAAUGUGACCCCCCUAUUGAGUGUAUUCCCAGUAUUGUUGAUAAUAGUGAAUCAUAUCCUUGUUUAGAUGAGGCUGGUGCUGACUGUUGCUUAAGUGAAUUAGGAUCUGACUCUAGUUCUGAUUCUGAGGGAUGGGUUACCGUAAAGACAUUAGAGUCAGAACAUAAUUGUGGCACUGCAUAUGAUAAUAGUACUGUUGAUUUCAAUACCAUUGCACAUUACUUUAAGGGAAAGCUACAGGAUAAUCCUAAGUAUAAGUGCAGGAGGGCAAAAAGAAUGAUAUUGGAGACCUUAGAUGGGAGUUUUGCAGAUGAGUACAACAAACUUGAUGCUUAUGCCAUUGAAUUGAGGGAGAGUAAUCCAGGCAGUGAUGUGGUGAUUAACAUUUCAAAAAAUGCACUUGAAAAUGGGAAAAGAAGAUUCUUGAGGAUAUGGCACAUUUUAAAAGCUAAAGCCAAGGGUCAAUUGCUAGUUGCUGUUGGACAGGAUGCACAAAACCAUUUUUAUCCUUUAGCAUGGGCAGUUGAUGAUAAGGAGACAAAGCAUUCUUCGAAUUGGUUCCUACAAUUGCUUCAGGGAUCUCUAAACCUUAAGGAAGGAGAAGGAAUCACCUUCAUGUCAGACAUGCAAAAGGGAUUAAUUGAGGCAAUUAAAAUUGUUCUACCACAAGCACAUCAUAGGUUUUGUGCUAGACAUAUCGAGGCUAACUGCAAGCCAGGAGAGUUGAACAAGGAUGCAGCAGAGAGUUUAUUGAAGUACCCACCACACUCUUGGUGCAGAGCUUAUCUAGAUACAGUUUGCAAGAAUCAGUCAAUUGAUAACAAUUUGACUGAAUCAUUCAAUUCAUGGAUUCUGGAAGCAAGGACAAAGCCAAUCAUUAAGAUGUUGGAAGACAUUAGACUCAAAGUUAUGAACAUGAUGAUAAAACAUGAAGUUGAAGCUAGUACAUGGAGCAAUGAGUUCAGUCCAAAGAGCCUAGAACUAUACAAUAAAUUCAUGGAGAUUGCUCAAGUGUGUAAAGUUAAUUCCAAUGGAGAAGGAGGAUAUGAAGUUAGUGAAGGGUCUAAUAAGCAUUGUGUCAACUUAAGCAUAAAGAAGUGCACAUGUAGGGCAUGGGACCUUACAGGAAUCCCAUGCCCUCAUGCUAUUAGAGCUAUACUUCACAACAUGGGUGACCAUUUGACAGAGAUGCACUGGUGGUACAGUAAGGAGGCAUUUCUACUUACUUAUAGACACAAGCUCCAACCUGUUAGAGGAGAAAAAUUUUGGAAAAUUGACCCAUCAAAAGCAAUGGAGCCUCCAGAAUUGGUCAAUCAAGUAUGGCCAAUGGUGAUAUCAGAAGUCAAGACAAGACUUCAACUGACGCAGCAGGUAAACUUACCAGCUAGGAGAAGAUCAAUCAACUUUACUGAUGAUCACACUGGUGUUAGUGAGCCCACAGAUCUUCCAAAUUCACCAGCAGGCCUGAUGUGGAAGGGUAAAGCAGCUACAACUUCAAAUCAGUUAGAAAAACAAAGGCAAUAG